AUGGGUUUUCCUCCUAGAUUUAGCUCUUGGGUGAUUAGCUGUGUACAAGAUCCUAAAUUCUUGAUUCUCAUAAAUGGCCAAUUAAUUGAGGGGAUUAUGGCUAAAUGUGGGUUUCGUCAGGGUUGUCCAUUAUCACAGUACCUUUUUAUUCUCUGUUCGGAGUUGAUCUCUGCACACAUCCAUCAGAAUUUCAAGGAGCUGGGUGUUCCAAUAAGAAGGGGGGGACCUCCUGUCUCCCACCUUCUUUAUGCUGACGAUAUUUUAGUUUUUGCAGGUGCAUCUAUUCCAAAUGUGAAGAAGGUGUCUUCCAUUCUGGAGGAGUAUUGUUCUUGGACUGGACAAAAAGUGAAUAGAAGUAAAUCAUAUAUACUAUUCAGCAAAUCUACUUCCUCUUCUACAAGAUCUUGGCUUGCAAAAAUUACUGGAUGUAGGAAGGUAGAAGAAAUGGAAUACUUGGGUAUCAAGUUUGCUUUGAGAAGACUUACAAGAAAAGACUUUGCCCCUUUGUUGCAGCAAGCUCGGGUUAAAACAAUGGCAUGGGGUGUUAGACACCUUUCUAUGGCAGGUAGAGUCACUUUGAUAAAUUCACUUUUGAUUCCCUCUUAUGUUUACUUGGUGACUCAUACUUUAGUCCCAAGAGGUAUUUUAAAUGAGGUGGAGAAAGUUUGUAGAAACUUCCUUUGGGAUGCUGAUGCUAAUCAUAAAGGUAUCCAUUAUGCAUCAUGGAAAAUGGUAUCUAGACCAAGGAGGAUGGGAGGACUUGGGUUUCAUGCUAAUGUCAAUUGGGUUGGCCCUCUUAGAGAAAUUGCAUGGGAGUACAUUAGUAAACCCAGAUGUUUGCUGCAUAGGUGUAUGGUGCAGAAAUAUGGGAAGUGGCCAUGGGUGGAGGCAUUUAAACGUGGAGAUUCGACUGUAUGGAAGCUUAUUUGUAAUGGGGCAAUAAGCUUAGGCUGUUGUGUUAGAUGGAAGGUUGUGAAUGGCAGCAAUAUUGACAUUCUAAAUCAUAUUUGGAUAUGGGAUAGGGCUAUAUCGAUGUGGCCUACAUUUUAUGACAUAGUAGCAGUUGAAGAUCUCUCUGUAGCGGAACUAAUUACAGAAUCUGGGAAUUGGGAUGUGCAAAAACUGCUAGUAUACUUUGGAGAGGAUCUUGUUGAUAAAAUUGUGGAAAUUAAAAUCUGGAAAGAUUUGGAGGAGGACUCGCUUGAGCUGAUGAAAAUCCCUAUUGGUUCCACGGUUUCAGCUAUGGUUUACAAUAGCAUAUUUGUGGAAGAGGAUGAUCCAAGCUGUGUAAUCUUAAAGAUGGGACUAAGGCUGAGAGAGCGUUUGUUCUGGUGGAGGAUUUUCAAAAACAUUGUUCCAACUAAUAGUUUGUUACAUGCUCGGGGCUUUGAGGUUGAUGUGAACUGUCCAGCUGGAUGCUGUUUGGUAAAAGAUUUAAACCAUAUCACAAUUAAGUGCAAGCAGCUUUUGGAGGUGUUGGAAAUUCUGGAUGGCUGGGGAUUUUGUACACCUCGGUUCAGCUCUUUUGAAGAAAUGCUGAUGGCGUUAGAGAGGAAUGCUUAUUGUAAGGAUAAUGGAGGAAUAGGGAUGGUAGUUCGGGACAGCUAUGGGAAAUUGAUAGUGGAAGCUGGUUGGAGUAUAAACCACUGGGAUUCCACUCGAGUGGAAAUGAUGGCUAUGCAGUAUAUUGAUAAGCUACUUGAGGAUUGGAUGUUUGAUCUUAAGGGGGUGAUUAUUGAGGGAGACAACUCAAGUGUAAUCAAGAGGUUUAACAGAGCAGCACAUUUCUGUGCUCAUAGAGCUUUAGUUACUUCUUUUCGUUGGGAUAUAGGAGAGAUUAAUAAUGUUAUUCCUCAAGAUUUUUCUGAUAUUCUUGAGGAAGAUAGUAGUUUAUUUUUUUCUGUUUAA